UCGUAUGUUUAAAUCCUGUUGAUAAUUAUAUUCUCAGUUUAAUUUGUUUGCCAUUUCUUUCAAUUUAAUGAUGAUUUAAGUCAAGUGAUGGUCAAAUUAAUUUCCUUUGAAGUCAUUGGUUAAUCUUUAUCAGUUCAGUAACAUUGUCAAACGAUUCAAUUCUGACAAUUUAAGCUGCUCUACAUGAAUUUUAAUCUUCUUUUUUUCUCAGUGUUUCAUGGGAUUUUUCAUCGUGUCAAAUUUUCAGUUUAUUCUCAGGUCACAUAACAAGAUUACCUGAAAUGAGACAACCUCUGAUUAAGUUUCAUCCAGUUGCUGGCGUGUCUUUAUUUGGCAACCAGAUUUUGGUUCUCGUUAUUGAUGUUAGCUGAGAUUCUCACCUUUUGUUGGUCAAUAUCAUGAAACCAUCAGGCAUCAGGUAGAAUAUCAAUUCGCACUGGAAAGAUAAGAAAGGCAUUUAGUUUACUGACCAAUGUUACUCACCUUUGUGACCAUUCAAAACAACAAGCCAUUUAAACCAUCAUCAUCUGAGUUCCAGAGCUUAGUAACACUUUGGAUAAACAAACAACAAUCAAUUAGCUUAACAAUGACGAGUAUUUUUGUGUUCUGAUGUUCAAACAUUCAAGUUAAAUCGAUUAAUUUAUUGGUUAUCAACUGUGAUCUGGAUGGUCUAUAACAAUACAAAAUCGUUUUCAUCUGAUUGUGGACUUCAUUUUACCAAUCACUUGAAAAACUUUUAUCCUAAUGAAUUAAUACAAUGUUUCAACGCGAUUUGACGUACCCAUAAACUAGGUUUUCUCCGUCAGCAUCAAUUUAACCGCAAAUAUCUUAACCUAGUUGAUCUGUUAUAAUAUCGACUUAUUUUUUGUACAUUUACCUAAUUGAUCUUCAACUUUUUCUUCCUUCAAAAUUGAAAGUAAAAUUUAAUUUCAUGAUGAAUGAUUCAUUUUAUGAUAAUCGAAAGCCUGUUUGAGAUGAAACAAAUCAUGAAUACACUCAAAUAACUGUAUGCAUAAUGUUAAAGUCCAAUAACAAGAGCCAGGAGGGAUCAAGCGAAAUUGACCCGGAAAAUAAUAUUCAUAACGAAGGGAGCUCAGACAAAGUGACCAAAAAUGGAGGAGAAAGACUGACUAAAAAUGGACUUAACUUAAAAUUGAAUAUAAAAGCCGCUGUUCGUGUGGGGAAACGUCCUGGCUUAUUAGGCGAGGCUAAAUCAGCCUUAGUCCCUAGUCUGAAUCGUGAAGAUAACGAGAGUUUACCAGGACCAUUAACGGUCAACGAUCAUUCUAAUGAAAAGCAAGCUAAAUCUGAGAAAGCACGGAACUUGUUUCUAUUGAAAUCGUUUCUAACCUCCAAGCAUCGGAAAAAUACUGAAGAUACAGCGGACAAAUCUGGACAAGAUGCCGAUGCAAAUGAUUCUUCCGGGCGUGUACAUCGAAGUUCAAUAAUUUGCUCAACAGGAACCGACAAAUAUUCAUAUGAUAGUGAAAAUAUUCAAUUACCAUUAAGACCAAUUGAUUUCUAUGAAAAACAAUUAAGUAUUCAAAGUAACGCAUCGUCGACUGGAUCAUCAAGUCGAUCGAAAAUGUUUUCUUCGGCUACAGAAGAUAAUAGUGAUAGAGAAGCCUCACUUUCUCCAGUUUGUGAGAGGCUAAAAUUUGAUCCUAUGGAAUCUUCAUCACCUCUUGAUCAACUUCAUUCACCUCGUUUCCAUCAACAUUACCACGAUCAUGAUCACAACGAACAACAUCAACAUCGACAUCGUCAUAAAAAUCAACAGCAUCAAUUUUAUGUACAUCGUCAGUCUCCAACUCCAACUCCAUCUCCAUCUCCUUCACCAGCAUUUAAUUCUUCAAAUGAUGGCGACUCAAUUCCCCCACCUAACGAAAUUAAAUACAAACGAAGCUCUAUCGUUGGAAGUAGUCAACAGAAUGUACCCGAUAAAUCAGUUCAAAUAAAUGGAUCGAAAUCACAAAACUCAUGGUCGCGCUUUAAGCUCACAAAUAUACUCAAAUUUGGAGGAUCCAAAGAUAAACGAAAUGUUCAAAAUAAAACUAAAGAUUGAUAAACAAAUAGAAACACAUCAUCAUCAUCGACUGCAUCCUCAUCAUAAUUACCUUCAUCAUCUCAAUUAUCUGCAUCAUAACAAAUGAAAUGAAUCAAAUUAUGGAAACAACUUGAUUGCAAUUAAAUGAAUUCUCAACAGGAUCCAUAUUAUCAAUACCCGAGAAUAGAUGAUGAGGUAAUUGAGAGAGAAGGAGAGAGAGAGGGAGAGAUUAUUUUAGUCGAUGGAAUAUAAACAAAUAUGGACAAUGGAAAAUGGAAAAUGAACAAUCAGUUGAAACUUCGAUUGAGAAUUGAAGUUGAGUUAAUAAUCGAGUAAGAAGAGAGAAAAAAAAUGUUAAUGAUAAUAAUAAUUAGAAAGAACAUAAAAAGUGAAUAUCAUUGAUGAUGCUCGUUGACGCAGUUACGAACUAAAGUUUCUAAGUUUAGAUCGAGUUCAGGUUUUUUUUUAUUUUCUCUCUUUUCAGAAACUCUCCUGUUGUUCAACAAUUUAAUAUUUACUUUCCCUUUCAAUCGUUAACUUCACUUUCAUCAUUCUAAUCAUUUCGAUUUCAAUUAAAAAAUGAGAUUAGCAAAACUACAUCAUCAUCAUUAUUAUUGUUGUUACUUGAUAAUAAUAAUGAUAAAGUCUCUUCAUGUUAUCGUAUCGGAAUCUUCUGGAAUUGCUUAUUUCUUUUCUUCUUGUUAACUUUUUUUUUCGAAUAAAAAUUAAUUUUACAAUUUUGACAAUCAAUUAAUCGACUUGAUUUCUGAUUUGAAUGCAACAAAUUAAUUACAGUAAUCAAAUUAACUAAUCACCAAGGUUCCAAUCACAACAGUAAACAAUCAAAAUUUAUUAUAAUAGAUUGUUGAGAGAAAGAGCAAAGAGAUGGAAGAUGAGAAAGAGAGAAUAAAAGAGAAAGAGAGAGAGGUCAAUGCACUGUGAAUGAAUGGAGUCAGAGAAAGAGCGAAGAACUUGAGAGAGAAGAGGUCAAUGCACUGUCAAUGAAUAAAGUCAAUGCAUGGCGUUGACUUGGUUGGAAAAGAGAGAGAAAUAGAAAGAGAAGAGAAAAGACCAUGGUGAAAAAGAAAUAGAAAGAAAAAGCAAAUAAAGAGACUGAGAAGAUGAAGAAAAAGCACCAACCUGAGUAGAGGUAAAGAAGAACCGGUUCAGAACGGGAAUAAGGUCUAUUUUAGAAAAUCGCGGAAGAAGUACGAUCUUUUUCCCGUUUUUUUCUUUUUCAUCUUCUCUUUUCAUCAUCUUUUUCUUUUUUCUUUUCCAUUUUUCUUAUUUUUUUCUCUUCUUCUUCAUCAUCAUCAUC